AUGACAAAGCACAACAUCCUGUCGAAGGCUUUGUUAUCUUUUCUUCUAGUAUGCCUUUUAGCAUCAUUCCUCAUUGCUGGAGAGACCGAUAACUCAACGAAAUCGGAAAAGAAGAGUGGCGGACCAAUCAUUGGUAUUGACUUGGGUACAACAUACAGCUGUGUUGCCAUCUAUAAGAACGGAAAAGCUGAAAUUAUCGUCAAUGAUCAAGGUAAUCGUAUUACACCAUCAGUAGUUGCUUUCACCGAAGGUGAACGUUUAAUUGGUGAAGCAGCCAAGAACCAAGCAGCUCUCAAUCCAACCAACACUGUUUAUGACGCAAAGAGACUCAUCGGUCGUCGUUUCUCUGAUACGGAAGUUCAAAAGGAUGCUGGUCUCUUGCCAUACAAGAUUAUUGAUAAGAACGGAAAGCCUUACAUUCAAGUUGAAAUUAACGGAGAGAAGAAAGUUUUUGCUCCAGAAGAAAUCUCCGCAAUGGUUCUCCAAAAGAUGAAGGCUAUUGCUGAAACAUAUUUGGGACAAAAGGUCACUCGUGCUGUCAUUACUGUGCCAGCAUACUUUAACGAUGCUCAAAGACAAGCCACAAGAGAUGCCGGAACUAUUGCCGGAUUGACUGUUGAACGUAUUAUCAACGAACCAACAGCCGCAGCUAUUGCUUACGGAUUGGAUAAGAACAAGAAGGACGUCAAUGUUCUUGUUUUCGAUUUGGGUGGUGGUACUUUUGAUGUUAGUUUGUUGAACUUGGAUGAAGGUCUCUUUGAAGUUUUGGCCACUAACGGAGAUACUCACUUGGGUGGUGAAGAUUUUGAUCACAGAGUCGUGAGAUAUUGCUUGGAUGAAUUCAAGAGAAAGAAUCCAAAACAAGCCCAAUCCGUUGAAAAGGAUAAGAAGGCCAUUCAAAAGUUGAAGAGAGAAGCUGAAAAGGCUAAGAGAGUUUUGUCUUCCCAACACGAAGGAAGAAUUGAAAUUGAAUCACUUCAUGAUGGUAUUGACUUUAGCUUGAAGUUGACUAGAGCCAAGUUUGAGCAAUUGAACAAUGAUUUGUUUGUUAAGACUUUGAAGCCAGUCGAACAGGUUCUUAAGGAUGCCAAGCUCAGUAAGGAACAAGUAGAUGAAAUUGUUCUUGUUGGUGGUUCUACUAGAAUUCCAAAGGUUCAACAAUUGUUGAUUGAUUUCUUCAAUGGUAAGAAGCCAAAGCAAGGAAUUAACCCUGAUGAAGCUGUUGCAGCUGGUGCUGCUAUUCAAGGAGGUAUUUUGGGAGGUGAAUUGGAUGAAGACAUUGUCCUUGUUGAUAUUGCUUCCCUUUCUUUGGGUAUUGAAACCGUUGGUGGAGUUAUGACCAAGUUGAUUCCAAGAGGUACUAAGAUUCCAACUCAAAAGUCACAAAUCUUCUCUACAUAUCAAGAUAAUCAACCAGGUGUCUUGAUUCAAGUUUAUCAAGGUGAACGUGCCAUGACAAAGGACAAUAACCUGUUGGGUAAAUUCGAAUUGACUGGUAUUCCACCAGCACCAAGAGGUACUCCACAAAUUGAAGUCACCUUCUCUGUUGACGCUGAUGGUAUUCUCCACGUUACUGCCAAGGAUACCAAGACUGGUAACCAAAAUAGUAUUACUAUUACCAACGAUAAGCUUAACAUGGAUCAAGCUGAAAUUGAAAGAAUGGUCAAUGAAGCUGCCAAGUUCGAAGAAGAAGACAAGAAGCAAAAGGAAAGAAUUGACGCCAGAAACGCUCUUGAGAGCUAUGCUUAUCAAUUGAAGAAUCAAUUGGAUGAUGAAAAGUUCAAGGAAAAGCUCCCAGCUGAAGAUAAGAAGGUUAUUGAAGAUGAAACCAAGACCACUAUUUCUUGGUUAGAACAACAUCAAGAUGCCUCUAAGGAAGAAUUCGAAGAAGAAAAGAAGAGACUCGAGGAGAAGAUUAGACCAAUCAUGACUAAAUUCUAUCAAUCUCAAGGUGGUGCUCAACAGGGAGCUCCAGGAUCGGGUCCUUCAUCAGCUGGUGCUCAACACGAUGAGCUGUAA